AUGGCUACCACAAUCGUCAAGGUGGAUGGCAUGACAUGCGGCGCAUGCACCUCGGCCGUGGAGGGGGCCUUCAAAGGGGUGGGAGGUGUCAGCGAUGUCGCCGUCAGCCUCAUGAUGGGUCGUGCGAGUAUUCAACAUGAUCCAUCAAUAGUCACGCCUGCCAGAGUGGCGGAACUGAUUGAGGACUGCGGCUUCGAUGCAGAAGUAUUGUCGACGGAGGAACCUCGAGAGACCUCAAAUAAUUCAAAUCAUGUCGCGACCGAGCCGCGCAUUUCAACCACAACACUAGCAGUUGAGGGUAUGACAUGCGGCGCAUGCACGUCGGCCGUGGAAAGUGGGCUCACGGACGUCGCAGGCGUGGUCUCCGUCAGUGUGUCUCUGCUUUCAGAACGGGCAGUUGUGGAGCACGAUGACGGUGUCAUCGGCGCAGCGCAAAUCGCAGAGCUCAUUGAAGAUCGGGGAUUUGGUGCUCGAGUGAUGGAAACCAAUACCACUUCUGUCGCAUCCCAACAACCAGUGGAGCAGGCCUCCUCAACGGGAAACAAAACAAGCCACAUGGUCACCACCGUCGCGAUCGGCGGGAUGACCUGCGGUGCUUGUACAUCAAGCGUACAGAAUGCUGUUGCCAACGCUGACGGUGUAGUUCAAUUCAACAUCAGCUUGCUGGCAGAGCGUGCCGUUAUUGUACAUGACUCAUCCGUAGUCUCUGCUCAAGCACUGGCUGCCAUGGUCGAGGACGCCGGCUUUGAUGCCACGAUUGUUUCGUCUGAAAUGCAAGAGCCCUUGAUCAGGAAGACGCAGCAGGUGAAUUUGAGCAUUUAUGGUCUGCAGGACGCUGCUUCUGUUUCUGCCUUAGAAGAGACCCUCCGGGACCAACCGGGGGUCCAGUCUGCAUCAGUCAAAUUGGCGACAUCGCAAUUGAAUAUUUCGUUCGACACCUCGGUCAUUGGUAUUCGCUCUGUCGUCGACAUAGUCGAGCGUGCCGGCUACAACGCAUUGGUCACCGACACCGAUGAUAAAAACGCACAGUUGGAAUCCUUGUCUAAAACUAAGGAGAUUCAGCAAUGGCGGCGCGCCUUCCUCACGUCCGUAUCAUUUGCCGUGCCGGUCUUUUUCAUCAACAUGAUACUUCCCAUGUACUUACGCGCCAUUGAUUUCGGCAUGUUCCAGAUUGUCCCAGGUCUCUACUUGGGUGAUGUGCUUUGCCUCGGUCUCACAAUCCCGGUACAAUUCGGUGUCGGAAGACGGUUCUACAUCACCAGCUACAAGUCACUCCAGCAUAAAUCCCCGACCAUGGAUGUCCUGGUGGUACUGGGUACUUCCGCGGCCUUCUUCUUCAGUUGCUUCACCAUGAUCAUGGCCCUUCUCAGCAAGCAUCACAGACGUCCAAGUACUGUGUUCGACACAAGCACCAUGCUGAUCACAUUCAUCACGUUAGGCAGGUGGCUUGAAAAUCGAGCGAAAGGACAAACGUCGGUUGCUCUUUCUCGACUCAUGUCAUUGGCUCCGUCCAUGACCACAAUUUACGAGGACCCCAUCGCUGCCGAGAAGCUGGCGGAUGAGUGGGCGUUGUCAGAAGGUUCGCCUCAGAUCAGUUCUCAUUCGUCCGAUAAUGCCGCUUCGGUCAAUCCAAAAAUCAUCCCGACCGAGUUGAUCCAGGUUGGAGAUAUUGUGAUUCUCCGUCCCGGUGACAAAGUUUCUGCCGAUGGUGUUGUCAUCAGGGGUGAGAGCUACGUGGAUGAGAGUAUGAUCACGGGCGAAGCGCUGCCCAUCCACAAAAAGAAAGGGAGCCACAUGGUCGCUGGUACAGUCAACGGCACAGGAGCUAUCGAUAUCAAGGUGAUUCGGGCUGGCAAAGAUACUCAACUGAGCCAGAUCGUCAAACUAGUACAGGACGCUCAGACAACUCGAGCCCCGAUCCAGCGCAUGGCCGAUAUCAUUGCUGGUUAUUUCGUUCCGAUUAUCAUCGGUCUCGGAUUGACCACUUUCUUUGGUUGGAUGUUCCUCAGCCAUGUGCUGUCAAACCCCCCCAAAAUCUUUGAGAUAGAGGAAAGCGGCGGUCGAUUCAUGGUCUGUCUUAAGCUGUGCAUCUCCGUCAUCGUCUUCGCCUGUCCCUGUGCUCUCGGCCUCAGCACACCGACUGCAGUCAUGGUCGGCACCGGGGUUGGCGCGGAGCAUGGUAUCCUUGUCAAAGGCGGAGCUGUGCUCGAAGCGGCCACCAAGGUCAACCACGUCGUGUUUGACAAGACUGGCACGCUUACCACGGGACGUAUGAGCGUAUCUCAUGUAAAAAUGGAACCUCAUUGGACUGCAAAUGACUGGCGACGUCGGCUGUGGUGGCUUGUUGUCGGCCUCGCAGAAAUGGGCAGUGAGCAUCCCAUUGGUCGUGCAAUUCUCACUGAGGCACAAUCCCAGGCUGGCAAUGCGGGAGAAGACGGUUUACCCGGCAGCGUUGGAGACUUUGAUGCUCGCGUCGGUCAGGGCAUCUCGGCUGUGGUUGAGCCCGCGUCCAGUGUUGAGCGCGUCCGCUAUCAUGUUCUACUGGGCAAUGCGGCAUUUUUACGAUCAAGAGAUGUCGACCUGCCUGCUGCUGCCGAUCCUGACUCUGCAGAUUUCGGUGGGGACCCUGCUCGGACAGCACCCAAGCCUUCUGGCAGCGCAUCUGGAAUCACUCGAAUCUAUGUCGCCAUUGAUAACCACUAUGCUGGGUCAAUCUCCCUCCAAGAUAGUGUCAAAGAGAGCGCGGUCGCCGCAAUUGCCGCGCUCCACCGCAUGGGAAUUUUCACCUCCAUGGUCACAGGCGAUACCAUGUCAACUGCUUUAUCUAUCGCCUCUGCAGUCGGAAUCCCUGCCUCCGCUGUGCACGCAUCCGCUUCCCCCUCGGAUAAAACCUCCAUCAUUUCUUCACUCCAGCUCAAUGGUGAUCGCGUGGCUAUGGUAGGAGACGGGAUCAACGAUUCGCCUGCUCUUGCGACAGCAUCUGUCGGCAUCGCACUCGCCUCAGGAACGGACGUCGCGAUGGAAGCGGCUGAUAUUGUGCUAAUGCGUCCUAACGACUUGCUUUCUGUCCCCGCCAGCCUCUCACUAUCUCGCUCGGUCUUCAACCGCAUCAAGCUCAACCUUGUUUGGGCAUGUCUCUACAAUGUCAUCGGUCUCCCCUUCGCCAUGGGUCUCUUCCUCCCAUUCACCGGGUUCACCCUCCCGCCUAUGGCGGCCGGUGCUGCGAUGGCCAUGUCAAGUGUUUCAGUUGUUGUCAGUAGCUUGCUUCUCAAGCUCUGGCGUCGCCCAUCGUGGAUGAAGGUGGAGCGAUUAGAGAAAGAAUUAGCGUCGGGCGCCAUCACAGCUGAUGGCGUGUCUCGCAAGAGUGGCUGGUGGACGCUGGCUGCUAUUCUGUCCGACCAUCCUUCAUCUAUUCGUCGACGUCUCACAGGAGUGCUGACGCUGCUAUGGUCCCGUGUCUCUGGUAGACAGGGCGCCGUUCGGGACGAUAAUGGUUACGUUCCUUUGCAGACUGUUGAGCCCCCAGUGUGA